GUUUAGCCAACACGCACCGUUUUAAACAAAUAUUAUAAUAUUUCCUUUUUCACUUUUCUUUCGAUAACUCGGUGUAAGCCACUAAAAGGAAAGUAAUCCAGCACGGGAGAGCGCACUGGAAGAUAUAUGCGCCUAAUCACCUCCUCCUCCUACUCCUACUUUCCCUUGGCAUCUCUUCUCCUACGCUUCCUCUUAUCCUGCGCCAUCUUAAUCUCCCGUGCGCCGUCGGCGCUUUCUCCUAACGGAAGCUGCUUCGUCGAUCCAUAUCCACUCGACGAGAUCUCUCUUCCCGCCGUGAUGUCGAAAGCUCGUGUCUACACUGACGUGAACGUGAUCCGACCUAAAGAGUAUUGGGAUUACGAGUCUCUCAAUGUUGAGUGGGGGGAGCAAGAUGAUUACGAGGUAGUAAGGAAAGUGGGGAGAGGCAAAUACAGUGAGGUUUUUGAAGGGAUUAACAUGAACAGUAACGAGAAGUGUGUUAUCAAGAUUCUCAAGCCUGUCAAGAAGAAGAAGAUUAGAAGAGAGAUUAAGAUACUUCAGAAUCUCUGUGGAGGCCCAAAUAUUGUCAAGCUGCUUGAUGUUGUCAGAGAUCAACACUCAAAAACCCCAAGCUUGAUAUUUGAGUAUGUUAACAGCACAGACUUUAAGGUUCUGUAUCCUACUUUGACUGACUAUGACAUCCGUUACUACAUCUAUGAGCUGUUGAAGGCAUUGGACUACUGCCACUCGCAAGGUAUAAUGCACAGAGAUGUCAAGCCGCACAAUGUCAUGAUCGACCAUGAGCUGCGUAAACUUCGCCUGAUAGAUUGGGGUCUCGCUGAGUUUUAUCAUCCUGGAAAAGAGUAUAACGUCCGUGUAGCCUCAAGAUAUUUCAAGGGACCCGAACUUUUAGUGGAUUUACAGGACUAUGACUAUUCGUUGGACAUGUGGAGCCUUGGUUGCAUGUUUGCUGGGAUGAUAUUCCGCAAGGAACCUUUCUUCUAUGGCCAUGACAAUCAGGAUCAGCUUGUGAAAAUCGCCAAGGUUCUUGGAACCGAUGAAUUGAAUGCAUAUCUGAAUAAGUAUCAGUUAGAACUUGACGCUCAAUUAGAGGCACUUGUUGGGAGGCAUAGCAGGAAGCCUUGGUCUAAAUUCAUCAAUGCUGACAAUAGGCAUUUGGUCUCACCUGAGGCGAUUGAUUUCCUGGACAAGCUACUUCGGUAUGAUCAUCAAGACAGGUUAACUGCAAAAGAAGCAAUGGCUCAUCCUUAUUUCGCACAAGUCAAGGCAGCAGAGAGCAGCAGAAUGAGAACUUAAUAGAGACGUCCCUGAGUAUCUGAAACUGGUUGGAUUGUCCUCCGAUAAGUUGUUGUUUUCUUUUAAAGAAAUGGUGUUAACUCUAAAAGUUUAUCUGAGUAUUUUCAGCUAUUUUCAAACUUUUGUAGAACAUCUAAACUAUAUAUGAUCAUUGAAAACAAUAUUGAACCAUAA